UUAUUAUUWUUUUUGUCUAGGAAUCUUGGGAUAUGCUUCAAAGUGAAGUUGCACAACUAAUAAAUAGUGAUGUUCGCGGUAUACCAUUUACAAUGCAAGUUAGCAAACCGUUGGCUGGUUUUGUUCAGCGUCUGAAAGGGAAGCAAGGGCGGUUUAGAGGAAAUUUAUGUGGGAAGCGUGUUGAGUACACUGGUAGAACUGUUAUAUCGCCUGAUCCUAAUUUAAAAAUUACGGAGGUUGCAGUUCCCAUACACAUGGCUCGAAUUCUAACUUAUCCUGAACGAGUUACUAGUCACAAUAUAGAGAAGUUGAGACAAUGUGUUAGCAAUGGUCCCGAUAAAUAUCCUGGUGCAAGGAUGCUUAGGCAUCUUGAUGGUUCUAUGAGGUCGUUGAUGAUUUCUGGUAGAAAGCGCCUUGCUGAUGAAUUGAAAUAUGGUGAAAUAGUUGAACGUCAUCUUGAAGAUGGAGAUAUUGUUCUUUUCAACAGACAGCCUAGUCUACAUCGAAUGUCUAUCAUGUGUCAUAGGGUGAGAGUUAUGCCUUGGAGAACAUUGAGAUUCAAUGAAUCUGUUUGCAAUCCAUAUAAUGCUGAUUUUGAUGGCGAUGAGAUGAAUAUGCAUGUUCCACAAACAGAGGAGGCUCGCACGGAGGCAAUUUUGUUGAUGGGGGUCUUCUUUGGUGCAAUGGAGUCGAAGCUUUGCUGUCCGACGUUUGGUUUGAAAGGAAUCAAAGGACUUUUGAGGGGAAAAGAAGAGCUUCGGUUGAUGUUUUCAACUUAGCCAAGUUUAAGGCUUCUCAAUGGUGUGCGCUUUCUAAUUUAUUCAUCGAUUAUUCUUCGAGUAUGAUUUGUUCAAACUUGGAGGCUUUUAUAACUCCCCUUAAUUUUUGUUUAUGAUGUUUAUUGUUCGUUUACAUUUUGAUGUAGUUAGUAGGUUAUGUCGGUUAGUUAGUUAAACGGUUAGUUCUUGGUUGCUGUUAUUUUAGUUAUUGAGUAGUUGUUAUUUUAGUUAUUGAGUA